UUCCUUAAACCCUUGCAUAUAAAAAGUAAAAACCCCCCCUUCUGAUUCCGGCAUCACAAUCAAUCUCAGAAAAUGGCCCUGAGACGAUUAACCUCCGUUCGGAACCUCCAACGAUGCCUUUAUCGAGCAACUGAAAUUCGAUCGGUUUCUUCUUCCUUGCUCAACAGCAGCUCAAGAAAUUCGCCUGACAUUUUUUGUGAUACUGAAUGCUGGCCAAAUUCCUCUUGCUUAUUUAAGCCACAUGACAGUAGUUCUUGGAAUAAUAGAUUUACCCAUGUUAGUAGUUGGAACACUAUAUCUAGAUUGUAUAAUGACACCAGCAGUCUUCCUUGGACAUCAGGUGGACCUGUGCUUCGCUCAACAAUUGAACCCAAGCCUACAAACUUUGGUUAUCAGCGGUCAGUUACAGUGCAAGCUAAAGCUCCUCCUCAAGCGCGGCAAAUGGCAGCUGUUAAAGUUUCAAUGCUGAGCCCAGGGAUUGUAUUUGAACCAUAUGCUACUCGUGAAUCAAUGCCCUUUUGGAAAAGAUGGUUCACAAGAACUGGUUGGAGAAGAAUAAAAGAAGAGAUCACUUCAGAGCUCAAAAGUGCCUAUGCAAUUGCUAAACUGCGCAAAACUGGGUAUUCAAAACAGAAAUUCUAUGAAGAAGCACUUGAGUUGUACAAAGAGAUAAACACUCAUAUAGCAAAUGGAGAUAAAGCACCACUGAGAAAAUCAGUCACAGAGAAGAUGUACUCUGCUCUCAAGAAUGAGAUCAGGCAGAGAGAAUCAGUAUGGAGUCAUGUUUACUGGGAGCUUGUUGAACCAGUUGUCAAAAUACGAACUCUGCGAGCUCGUAUGAUUGGUGUUGAUCGGGAUGACCUCAGUAAACUCUUCAUACAAUUGACGCUUGAGAUUGUAACAAAACAGAAAUUUGAGGCAUAUAAUUCAAAUGGAGCUGUUAUUGCUGGAAAUAAAAACAAAGAGGUCACAGUUCGAGAAAUAUGGGUUUUUGAGAAAUCUCUCUUCCACAAGGGGGCAUGCUGGCGUCUCUGUGGUAGAAUCAAACCAUAAUUGGGGGCUGUCUUUAAAAAUGAUUAUGACAACAUCUCAUAGUUGAAAAUUUUCACUGUGUAUUUCUUAUCUUAUGGUAAUAAAUCUCAAUUUUGUCCCCUUAUUUUGAUGGUUUCCCCUUCACAUUUCAACUUUGCUAGUAAUUGCAGAUUUGCAGCAGUCCUCCUGUGUAUUUCCUUAAAUUUUAGAAAGUUGAAGGUGACCAAAUAUGUACUUUGGUAGUGAUUUUGGGCUUGAAUAUAAUUUCAUUCACAGGCAUUCCUUCA